GCUUCAUGAAAUAUUAAAAGAAUGCCCAUCUUUUCGAAGAUGGCACAUAUAUCGAAUUCAGUGUCAAUAAUAAUAAUAAUACUAAAAAAACAUUUAUAUACUAAUAAAUUCCAGACUCAGCUACAGCAUAAUUAUUUGAUAUUAGUUCAGAUUUUAAUUAGCUUGAUCAAUUAUCAGAAUCUAGACUAUCCCCUGAGAUCAAAUCAUUUUAGGCUAGAAAGGAAGAGAGCAUAUUCUAGAAAUUCUUAGAUAAGAUUCCAGUGUUUCACCCAACUUCAAAGGGUUUGAUAGCAUGGCAAUUUAUCAUGGUCAUCAUAAUUUUUUUAUACUUUUUCUAUAUACCAUUAAAAGUAAUUGAUGAGGUUUAUUUAGAUAGCCUUUACUGAUGAAUUGAAUGGUCUUAAUCCUAAUUAUAAUGAGAUGGUUAAUACUUUUCUUAUAUUUUCGAUUAUUGUGUUGGGUUUUGAUUUGUUGGUUUCAUUUAAUACUGGAUUCACAUAAAAUGGGUAAGUAAAUUUGGAUAGAAAGCAGAUUGUGAAUAAUUAUAUAAUAAUUGUAUAAAUUAUUCUCUAUCUUUUAGGAAUUCGAAUUGGAUUUUAUUGGAGUGCUGAGUUUAAUCCUCUCAUAUAUUUUUGAUCUUGACUUUAUUAGAUUGUUAUUUUAUUUGAGAAUUUAUUACGUCAUAAGGUUUGACAAUAAAAUUGAUCAUAAAUUAUUGCUCAAAAAAAGUAUGAUCUUCUAAUCAUUUUAAAUUAGCCUUUAAAGGGAUCUACCUACUUAUAAAAUUGAUUAUUGUGAUGCUCUUCGUUGCCCAUAUAAUGGCAUGUAUAUUUUAUGGAAUUUCAUAUUCUGAAUUAAUGAAAGAUGAAAACAACUAGAUACCUUAUAUUGAUACUUGGAUUGUCUUUAAUGGUUAUGUGAUAGACAAUGAGUAGAUCUUUUAAGCUUCUUUGGCUGACAGAUACUUGGUAUCAUUUUAUUGGGCCAUCACUACAGUAUCUACUAAUGGUUAUGGAGAUAUAACACCAAAGAAUAACUCUGAAAUAGGAUGGACUCUCUUGACGAUGAGUAAAAUAGUGAUAAAUCUAAUUAGUUAUUGCUGGAAUGGUGUUUGCAUUUAAUAUAUCAUCGAUUAGGGAAACUUUGAUAGAUUUGAAUCAGGCUGAAAUCAUGGAGCAUAAUUUUGAGGCCAUAAUUAGUCGGUAUAUGAAAAUGAAGAGAAUCUCAAUACGUACUUAAGAGAAGGUGAUUGAUUAUUUUUAAUAUAUAUGGAAGGAGGAGAAAAAUCGUAAUAGAGAAGUAGAAGAUAUGCUUAUAUCAAAAUUAGCACCGGAGUUAAAAUUACAAUUAUAGUAUGAGACUUAUGUAAAAUUUGUUAAUUGCAGAAUAUUUUAUAUGAUGUAUUUUAGUGAUGAAUUCUUAUACUAACUAUCAUAAUAUAUGGAAGAACAUACAUAUGGUCCUAAAGAAGAAUUGUAUUUUGAGGAUAAGCAAGGAGAUUAAUAUUUGAUGUACCUUUAAAAAGGGGAAGUUCUCAUAGUAAGAAUAUUUAUUAAGAUUUGAGUUUGUGGAAAGCUGCUAUAAUUCUGUUGAUGUGAAGACUAGAAUCGAUUAUAUUGAAUAAGGGUAAUGCAUAGGCUAGCAAUCCUUUUUUAUGAAUGAGCGAUUCCCAUAUAGAGCAUAGACUCAAGAAUGGUGUAAUAUUUAUAGAGUUUCGAGAUUGAAGUUUGUAGAUGUUCUUAGAGAGCAUCAAAAGGAUUUUGAAUUGUUCCAUUUGGUUAUAUCCAAAAGAUAUAGCGAUCCUUACGAAUUCUAUACAAAAUUAGACCUUAAAUGCUUUACUUGCAUGUCAGAAUCUCACUAAGCAGACACUUGCGAUGUUACUCAUUAUUACAAGAGCAAUUUGGUUUUCAAAAUCAAUGUAAAGGAUGAUAGGCUGAAAAGAGAGUAAUUCGAAAGAAAACGUAAGAAACAAUAUAAAUCUGUUUUGAUUCAACACCAAAUUAAACGUAUUGCUUAAGAUUGUAUGAUGAGAAUGAAAUCCACUAAAUUGAGAAAAUAGAUAAACUCGGAUAGUAGCUUUGAAGAUUCAGAGGAGGAGGAUUUCUACUAAUAAUAAUAAUAUUAGAAUGAGAUAGGAGAGAUAAGAUAGAUGUUGGGCAGCAUUCUUAAGGAGUUAGGAGAGGAUGUCAAUUUGAAUUAGAAGUAAUAGGUUAAAUUAUUUAUUCCGGAACGUAAAUUUAUAUGAAUAAUGAUGUAGGUCCUCAGUUUGAUCCUUUUGAGAGAUCAUUUUGCAUAGACGAAGUGAAGAACUAUGAAUAUUUCUAUCCAAAGUACAACUUGAUUACUAUAAUAAAUAAAAUUUUUUGA